UGCUUGACGCCUGUGAUUACAUUAUAAUAGAUCAUUUAACCAUACGUAUCGGCACGGAUAAAAAUACAAGCUAAUGUAUUAAAAUUCAUAAUUUGUUAACUCGCACGUUUCAGAUCUAAUGAAAGCUGAUUUAAUCGAGACUAGGAGCUAAACGGCGCUGUGGGAUGUUGGAUGGAUAUUUUCGGGGCGCUGCCUGAUAUUACUCGGAAGACUGCAAGACAGCUAAUGUUAGACAGCCAUUUCGCCAAUCGUCUCUCUGCAAUUUUGGAACUUUAGGUAAUUUCAUUCACUCCAACCGAUACGCUACCACAGGUUGGCAAACUGUUGUGCAAGGUAUUCAUACGGACCGUUUGUUAAGGUUGUAACUCAAAAUGUCGCAGUCGGACAAACCAAAGCAGAGCCCCUUCACCAACCCAGAGACCCCAGGAUAUGUUGGCUUUGCCAACCUACCAAACCAGGUCCAUCGCAAGUCUGUCAAAAAAGGCUUCGAAUUCACCCUCAUGGUGGUGGGAGAGUCUGGUUUGGGGAAGUCCACCCUUAUCAACAGCCUGUUCCUCACGGACUUGUACCCAGAGCGUAUAAUCCCAGGGGCUGCAGAAAAGAUAGAGCAUACUGUUCAGAUUGAGGCAUCUACCGUGGAGAUCGAGGAACGGGGGGUGAAGCUCCGGCUCACCGUGGUGGACACGCCCGGAUAUGGAGACGCCAUCAACAGCCAAGACUGCUUCAGAACCAUCAUCUCCUACGUUGAUAACCAGUUUGAACGCUACCUGUACGACGAGAGUGGCCUGAACCGCAGGCACAUAGUGGACAACAGAGUGCACUGCUGCUUCUACUUCAUCUCCCCUCUGGGGCACGGUCUGAAGCCACUGGAUGUUCAGUUCAUGAAGGCCAUUCACAACAAGGUCAACGUGGUACCUGUCAUCGCCAAGGCUGACACCCUAACCCUAAAGGAGCGCGAGAGGUUCAAGCGCAGGGUGCUGGACGAGAUCGAGGAGCACGACAUCAAGAUCUACCACCUUCCCGACGCAGAGUCCGAUGAGGACGAGGACUUCAAGGAGCAGACGCGUAUUCUGAAGGCCAGCGUUCCCUUUGCGGUGGUGGGCUCAAACCAGCAGAUCGAGGCUAAGGGGAAGAGGGUCCGUGGCCGCCUGUAUCCCUGGGGGGGGGUGGAGGUGGAGAACCCUGAGCACAACGACUUCCUCAAGCUGCGCACCAUGCUCAUUACCCACAUGCAGGAUCUGCAGGAGGUGACCCAGGACCUGCACUACGAGAACUUCCGCUCCGAGCGCCUGAAACGAGGCGGCAGGAAAGGAGCUGAAAUGGUUGGAGUGGACAAGGACAAGAUCCUCCUGGAGAAGGAGGCUGAGCUGCGACGCAUGCAGGAAAUGAUCGCCAAGAUGCAGGCCCAAAUGAAAAGGCAGGGAGAAGGUGCUGAUCAGCAGGUCAAGACCGGUCAGAAGAGCAGCAGAGAGAGUCCGGAUCUUCCGUAACCAUUACCACUCCUGUUUCCCAUUUGUCCAUAGCGUACUUCUUAUGUCAAAGUCUGUUACGGUACUAUGUUGUACAGCACCAGUUAACAAUUUGAGGAACAUUCGUGUGAUAUGAAGCAAUAUAAUUGUAAUAUUUUUGCCAGUUUUAAAUGAGCAGCCCCAGCCCUAUAGGCAGGUUAUGGAUGUGCGUUUGCUUGUCGCCAAACCUGACGAUGCUGUGAAGGGCAUAAGCACCUCUUGCAGUAUCCGUCAGACACCAGCAAAUAUGCGAAAUAAACCAAAUGGCUUCAGUUCAGCUAAACUAAUUUACUAUUUGUUAGUUUGAAGCCAAAGCGGUAGUGAGUUUGAGUCACAGAUUGUAUGUAAUAUUCGUUAUGCUUUAUCAUGAGAUUUGUUGUAUUACAUUUUGUUGUAUUUCCAGACCAGGGGAUACAGGGAUUUUGUUUAAAAUCCAGAUGUAUUGACACAAAAAUGACACAAAAUGCCCAACUCAAGCAUCUCUGCUGAAUAUAUUUGAUGGUCAUAGUAGUGCAUUUCUGUAUCAAACCAGGAAGUGCAUUGUAAUUAUUUCCCCAUUUUUGUAAUGGUGAGACUACAGUAUGUCAAAGUUCUUAAGACUCUUAACCCCUAUGACGCCUUUCUCUUGGUGGACCAAGGUUUGUAUGGAAGUAGCUCUUGGGCAAUUCCACGAUGACUGACAUUACAACUGCUGGAUAUUUGGGUGGUAAAGCCCAAUACAGCUACAUAGUUCAGACUGCUAAGAGUUAUUGACACCUGAGGGUUAUAAAAGCAUAUGUCAGUCUCUUAUGUAUCUGUAUUGGGGUUUUCCCAAAUAUCCAGCAGUUGUAACGUAUGUCACCGUGGAAUUGCCCUGUUCUAAUGGGCCUGUGACUUUGCUCUUUACCUUUUGCACUUUAUUACCCACAGUGCUGGCAUGUUCUUGCUGCUUGUGGUUCAUGGUACACUACACCGUGACUCGAACAUUGAGCUGUUCAGUUGCUAUUGUUUACAGUGAAUUAAUGGAGUAUGUAAACUAAAAUCUAUAGGUUUUGAAAUGUGAAAUGUGCCGCCUGACUGAAUACAUAUCAAAACUGUUGAAGUCUUUAUGGUCGUAUUGAUUGGUCUAAUAUUUCAGGCAGAACACUCUGAAUACCCUGUUUUAUUGUAUAGUUGAACUUUUGUUU